AUGUAUCAUCUGGCCAAGUCGCUGUAUAUGUACGCUACCAGUAAGGAGGAAUACUCAGUUCUCCUCCUCGGACUCGACAAUGCCGGCAAGACCACGCUUCUGUCGCAGAUCAAGGCCCUCUACCUACCUCGUGCCGAUGGCACCUCCGCUCCCAACCCCGGCAAAACCGUCCCCACGGUCGGUCAAAACGUCGCUACUGUCUCUCUUCCCGACAUGUACUUGAAGAUCUGGGAUGUGGGGGGACAAAUAUCCAUGCGGAACCUGUGGCAGAGUUACUACGCGAGCUGUCAUGCGAUUAUCUUCGUCGUCGACAGCGCGGACGUCGGUCAGGAUCCAGACAUCACCCGUCUCCCGUCCCGGCGACCCAGCUCUGCAUCAGGACCAGCGGGGGGUCAUCCCGGCGCUUUUACGGAGGAAAUGGUCGGGAUAAAUGCCCCGGGGAGUGACUUCGGUCGGCUCAGUGAGUGCCGCCAGGUUCUGGAAUCGGUAUUACAACAUGCGGAUGUUGCUGGCGUACCGAUCUUGGUCCUAGCAAACAAACAAGAUCGCGAAGACUCGGUCGAGGUGGUCCGUAUAAAGGAAGGAUUUGUGCGCAAGGUCUUCGAGGGAGAGACCGGUGCUGGUGUUCGUGAUAGUCGCGUUUUGCCAAUCAGUGCUUUGAUGGGCUCAGGAGUGCAAGAGGCAGUCGAGUGGGUUCAGACCCGAGUGAAGUGGAACAAGGAGGGACGACCGCCCGUGAUGAAGUGA